AUGUCAUCACGACCUCGUCGCAAGGAACCUGCCUCUCUCGGCGAAGCUAAGCCUCUGACUCAAGCUACCUCUGGGACUGGCCCGGAAGUUUCCAGAGGGAGCUCUCCUUCAGAACAGCAUCAAAAGGCAGACACCCCCCUCCAGACACCUCCCUCCAUCCUCGCCCGUCUUCCCCUUGAGUGCUGGCUCCAGAUCCUUGAGUACCUACCACAAAAUGAUCUAGCGAAUAUCAGCCUGGUGUGUCGGGGCCUGAACACAUCUGCUACCGCACUCCUCUACAAAACCAUCGACUGGGGCUGGCAGCAGGGUCCAGAUGAAGAGCCACCCUUCCUAAGACUUAUCAAACUCAUUCAAACCAUCAGUGACCGACCAGAACUCGGUGCCCUCGUCCAGCAUUUAUCCAGCCUGCGGACUCUCAAGCUGGACAGCUCCUUUAUCUACUACGACGGUUAUACUGGGCUGAUGAUGACACAUGCCCUGUUCGGGGCACCUCCGGGCGUCAUGUCGGAUUCUUUCUGGCUCCAGGCUGUGGACUACGGGUCAAACGCCGCCAGACUACGUGUUCAACAUGUGAGCGUUCCUAUUUUCAGAGUCCAGGAACAAUUCGACCGCAGUCAGUUUGUUGGCUGGUUCUUCCUGCCCAGACUCAUGGGCCUAAAGAUAUGGAUUCAAAGCCCAUGUCUUGCAUCAGACAUUGGAAACGGAACCAAAAUCCAGCCAUCGAACCUUGCCCAACUCCGUCAUUUAGGUAUCCUCCAAGCCAUGCCUAACACUGGGGAUAUCAACAAAUUCAUCUCGCAGAUGAAGUCCAUCAAAUACCUCAUGCUAGGUCUGCAAUACGGGACUUGUCUCGAAGAACUACAAAGCAUCGCAGGAACGGCCCCAGGCCUGAGCAGUCUCUCUAACAGCAUCGAGACGCUAAGUCUGAGUCCUGCUUACUCCGUUGUCCGACCCGAAACAGAGGUAGUCUGUGCAGGAGAUCAAGCGGGGCUAAAACUUCCCCACGACAUUUUCAACUCUUUCGAGAGACUCGCAGCCCUUAGCAUCCCUCUCCCAUUGUUACUCAGCUGGGGCGCGCACCAAAACCAACUCACGGAGGCUCUCUCCACGUCUCUCAGAGAUCUUAUCCUCAGAGAAUGCUUUCUGGAGACUCAAAUCUUGUAUCGCCGGCCGAAAGAGGCAAUUCAGUUGUUAAACAAGUUCCUUCUCGACGACGUUCACCGGUUCCCACUUCUCCGCAGCAUCACGCUGGUUGUGGAUAAUGGAAGUGCACAUCAAAAUUCGGCAUCAAUGUCAGACCAGAUUCAUCUCCGGGAGCUCGCACAGCAAUAUCAAGUCGCUGUCCGGGUCACCCAGCUCGAUGGGACAGAGCUGGUGUGA